AUGAGAAGGUUGAGGUGGGUUCAGUCUUUAUCACUUUCAUUUACAUUUACAGUUACAUUUACAUUUCAUGGAAUUGGAUUUGUGGUGUGUGACAGAAAGCUGCAAAAAGCGGAAGGGCAAAGGAGGAGCCCACGAAUAUCGGCGUUGGAGGCUGAGGCUGAGGCUCACAGCCUUUCAAUGAGUCGGCACUUGGAUAACAGUGAGGGACCUGCAUUCCGAACUAGGGGUAGAAAGAACACAAAACUCAUGCCACUUCAACAACCAAACAAGGGUGUGAAACAUUCUUCGCGUGAAGAUAUUCAAAAGAAAAGUGCCGAUGAUCGCCCAUCAAAACUGCCAUCUUCAACUUUUUUGCCAGAGAAACGAAUACUUCAACUCGUCCUUGACACUUUGCAAAGGAGAGACACCUAUGAAAUAUUUGCUGAACCAGUUGAUCCAAAUGAGGUUGAGGAUUAUUAUUCAAUCAUUAAAGAGCCUAUGGAUUUUGGCACCAUGCGGGCUAAACUACAUGAGGGGAUGUAUACGAGUCUGGAACAAUUUGAGGUUACAGCAUUUAUUUUAUUUUAUUUAUAUCAUGAUGUUUUUUUAAUAUUCGACAAUGCGAUGCAUUUUAAUUCUUCGGGUACCAUAUAUUUCAGGCAGGCUCGUGUUAUAAAUGAACUAGCUAAGAAAGUUUUUGAUCUAUUAAAAAACAAUAUUGAGAAGUUUGAAUUGGAAUUCUCAGAAACAAGGCGAAAAGUAGGUCGGAGGAACCCAGGAGACUUUAGGGAUUCAAUAGACAUGAAUUCUUGUGAAAUAGAUACUGGUGUGCCCUCAAAAACUGUACCAUGUUCUUCUCGUGGUACAUCAAACCGGAAAAGCAUUAGGGCAAAUCAUGGAUGUCCUGACAUUGCUAAGCAUGUUGAUGCUAGAGAUGUUGAGAUUCCUUCAGGUACUAAAGACAGUAGCAGAUGCAGAUCUUUUGAGGUUGAUAGACGCUGUACUUAUAGACCUUUGUCCCUGGACGAGGAUAAGUCAAUAUUUUCCACGGUUUAUGGUAAAUUGAAACUUCUAGAGCAAGUCAAUCAGCAAGAUAUUGGCUACAAAGAUAGCUUGAUGUUGUUUGUUAAAGAUUUAGGAACCACUGCUAAAAAUAUAGCUAAAAGGAAAUUACUAGGAUGUGAAAUUCGUACAGCAUCUACUUCUGUUCCAUGUACACCAAAUACUUCUAAUUAUACAGUCACUGCCUCUGCCUUGAUGUCUCAGUAUCCCUUGAAUCGGUUUCCCGAUUAUCCUAAUGAAAUGAGAAGCCCCAUGGAAAAGAUUGCGAGUAGAAGGGAAGGGGUUGAAGGGACAUUGAAUACUGAAAGAGAGAGCCGCUGUAAUCCCUUAGAGGGUAAUACUCAAGGAAGUCACGGGUGGCCUUUAGGGUGUGAUAGAGAGUUUCCAAACCAGAGUUUCUGUUUUGAUUCACACUGUUCACGAGCUUGUGCUGAAGAUUUCAAAGAAACUGGCAAGAAGAUGUUGUUGGACAAAUCAAAGUUUGUCAAUCAAGAACAGCUGACAGUGUCAAUCCAAGAGAAUUCUCAAACUAAUUUGUUAGAAUCAAAGAUGGAAAGUAAAUGCAAGUUUCAACCACGACCUUGGGCCAUGGAAAGUAGUAAUGUUUCAUGUUUCGCUCAAGAUAGAAGCCAGAUGCACCAAUCUAGUUCAAAGUGCGUAUUGGGUGAUCGAUUAGCCCAGUGUCCAACAAAGGAGUUUAGUUGGUCAUCUGAGUCCAUGAAGAUUUUAAAAUCUGACCAGUGUGUGCCACUGGCUUCAAGUUUUGUUUUCAAUCUUCCAUAUUUGAGGACACGGCUUGAUCAGAUAAACUCAUCGGAGCAGUAUGGGUUCUUACAACCUUAG